UCGGCUACCAACUCGCCCUGGAUACUUCAGUUUCACCGUUGAGAAACAUCAACAUAGUAACCCGGGGAUCGGAGCGGUAACCUAAGAAGCGGGCAGCGACCUUUUAUUUCCAGGAAUCUCACAGCUGAGCUGCAGAUAUGAUUCCCCGGACCAUCGCCGAGACGACAACAAUGUGUGCAUGUCGCUAGAAAAAGUUGCUAGCUUAGUUGGUACAACUGCGAGCUAGCCUUGGUUUGCUAACGUUAGCUGGCUAACGCUAACGUUAGCAAACAGACAGCUGAUCGAAACUGAAGAUUUCUGGGGAAGUUUGGAUUGUUUUACAAUGAGGACGUCGACAUGAAUGUGGACAUCUAGACACCUCGGAUCAUUUCCCUAGAGGGCAUAGGUGAACGGGAGAGAUGAGGAGGAGCAGGGGGACUGAGGUGUCUCUUAAAAGCUCUGCUCAGCAGCUUACCAAUCAUAAUAUUGGCACAGAGCUGACAUCUGCAUGGAAAAGUUUGGCUCAGUCCAAAGCUGCGUUGCGGCAUAUAGAGAACCAUCUAGAGGCAGUGCCAGGGACAGGGGUUCUCUUGGACUCAGUCAUGGAACCCCCCAAGGACAAAUUGUCCAGGAUGGUCCGCUGCAGGGAUGGGCAUGGAGCUGACAAUGGAGGGUUUUCGAAGCGCGGGGGGCGAAGUCAGCAGAGUCCAGAAAAGAGCAGUUCACGCAGCCCACUGCGAAAUACUACCCAGGACAGCAAUGUCUGCAGGAACACUAGUGUGGAGUUCAGGGAACCACUGGUCUCAUACAGAGGGGCCACCCCUCCAGCACAUCCAUCCUCUCAGCUGGAGUCCUACAGCCUGCAUUCGGUUCCAGGGUCUUCGUACCCAUCCUCAGAUCCUCUGCUCAGCCAGCUUGUCUACCAGAGGGACACCAGGGACAAGCAGACAGACAGGGACCUGGACAGUACACACUCCUCAGCUCUGGAGAGCACCGAGGUCCGCUACCUCAAUGACCAGCCAGCCCUGGAUAUCCUGAAGACAAUUGGAAUCCAGUCACAUCCCGCAGGUGUAAGAGCCCCUUUGAGGGAGGGGGCUCAGGAGGAAAGGAUGCCCAAAGCACAAGUCAGCAUGGACAGCCAAGAGUCAAGCCCAUGUCUCGCUCCAGCCCCUGGCUCUGUACCCAGAGGGGAGAGAACACCCUCCACCAGCCCUGGCUCAGCUUCUCAGAGGUUGGAGAGCCUAAAGCGACAUCAGCCUGACGACAAACUGGAGAAGCUCAAAGAGCGUAUUCGAAGGCAGAGACAACAUCUGGAGGAGACUGCAGAGAGAGAGAAACUGCUGGGUUUUCUAGAGCAGCCUAUAAUGGCAGCUGUGGGGACUGACAAAGCUUCUACCAACAACAUGCCCACAGCAAAAACACGGAAAGUUGCAGCUGCCCCGCGUGCACCUAUUUACAAAGGUUUCAACAGUACUGAGACAAAGAUUCGGACUCCUGAUGGGAAAGUGUGGAAGGAGGAUGAGUUUCAUAACCUGAGCAGAGACGUAUACAGAGACCUGUCACGACAGUUUGCUGAGAACACCAGAUCCAGACAUCAGCAGCAGAGUGAACAGAGAGCAGAUAGGUCCAAAGAGAGGAGGCCUCCCAAACCAAUCAGGAAGGUCCACAGAGCGGACCCUGCCUCUGACCUAAUUGCAAAACCAGUGAUUAGCCCGGCUUCGUGGCGGGAUGGCCAGAAGCUGGUAAAGAUGGUGCUGGGUUCAGGUCCCAAGCUGCCCAGAGAAGAAAACCUGUCGCAUCCAACUGACGGACUGAGCAGAGCAGCUUCCCAUCGCCGCUCCAGUUCAGACCAACGCUCAAAAUCAAGCCGACGCUCUCGCCCCAGCAGCACAGAAAGGCCCCACACUAGUUUUCAAGAGCAAUCAAAAAGCCACUCCGCAGCCACAUCAAGCCCCUUGUCUGCAGCUCAGGACAAGGUGCCAGUGGGUAUAAGCACAGCCCGUUUGUCAGCAGACAUUCAGGGGAUACUUGAUGACCUUCAGCUGGAGUGUAAAGCAGCUGAGAAGGAGGAGAGGGCCCGUCAAAGAUCCCGGGGUGGGAGCAAUGGUAGGAGAGGGAGAGGGGGUUCAGGGUCAAGAACAAGGAAUCCAAUGUCUGCUUGGGGAACUACAGUGGCCACAGGUAGCUCCUCCAGAGGAUGCCACAGCGCCAGCCCAACUACACAACGAUCAGAGGCUGCCAACAUGGCGGACGCAGCACACAAAAAGCGACACUAUGAUGCAGAUUCCGUUCGCCAGUACAUUGCCCGACAACAAGAGGAGAGGAAGAAACGCCAGGCAGAGGAGAAGAGGUCACUCAGAGAGGAGACAGAGAGAAGAAACCAAAGACUGCAGGAGCUCUACAGGAAGCAAAGAGAAGUCGCUAAAACAGUGGCCUUUCCCAGCGAGACAACUGUUGCUCCUGUACAAAAGCGACUACAGGAGACCUACAACAAACUGCUGCUGGAGGAGGCCCAUCUCAGCGAGGAUACCACUCGGAUUCACCCUGCUGCUCCUUAUAGUCAAAUGAGACCUAUGUACCAGCCCUCUGGAGAAUCAGACAAAGAAAACAAAAGACUAGACGCACCGCAGAGCCCCUCGAGCAGCGAUAGGUCUUUAAAUGAUCAGCAACCCCCAUUAUCCAGGAAUGAUCUGGAUGUAGGAGUUGCCUCUUUGCGUCAGCCAGACCGCCUGAGCCCUGCUGUGCGACCUACAUCUAGUCCCAGCGGAAGUUUGCCAGGUCCUUUUGGUGACCAUCUUCUCUCUCAGCUUCUCAGGCUUGAGACGGCAGGGGCCGCCGGUGACAUCAGGCACACCCAGAGGCCAGCUACAGCACCCAACAACAGGUCACAUUCCAAGAUGUCCCGCAUUGAGGCCCUCAAGGCCACCGCUGCAUCCCUCUCCAACCGAAUAGAGAGUGAGGCACGGAAGAUUGCAGGGGAAGGCAUCAACUACGGUACGGCAACUUCAAUGGACAUGGAUACUAUUUUGCCCCCUCGACCCUCCCUGGCUAAUCUUGAUGAUGGAUUCUGGACAGAAGCAGCUGCCGCUGAAAAUAAUGAUGUAGCAUUAAGUUUCCAGAGGAUUUUGACUAGCACAAGUCAUCGUUCAUAUAAUGGGACAACUUUUCCAGGAGCAGGCAAUCUGCAUGCCCUCACGGGACAGAAAGAAAUGAGGAGUACACACACCAAUUUGACCAAUCCACAAACAGUAACAGGGCCCACCUUCAACAGUUAUACACAAGAGAGUGGGAAGCUAGUCAAUGGCUUGGAAAAGGUAGAAAUAGUGGAUAAAAUGGCUCAAAGGAUAGGCUACGACAAGGUGGAGAAUCAAAUAGAUCUCCAUGACUCAAGUGCCGGUUCUCUCAGUGAGGGUCCCAUUCUGAGUGAAGGGAGUUUUUUUUCAGAGGAUGAGGCAAGCCCUCCUCACCCCUCCAGCAAUCGUGUAUCUCGACCAGCAGAUCGGCCGGACGCAGUAGACUACUGUGCCGGUGUAAGAAGGGAUUACCAGCGGCUGCCUGAGUUCCAGAGGGAGGCGGCAAGAUGCUCGGCCCUCAGCCCCCCAUGUGCUCAGCAGGACAGCAGUAAGGCGGCCUGGGAAGAGCUGAACAAAGGAAGCCCUUUAAGCGUAAUCAACAUUUUCACCAAGAACCUUCAUGGCUAUGUUAAAGUGAGUGAGAGGAACUCAACCCCUUCUCAAUCUUUUCACUCUGGAAAUGGGCUCGGAGACGCAGCACUUUAUGAAGACGACUUUGUGUCAUCACAUAGCAGCAGAACCACUGGCCAGUUAAGGAGAGGAUCAAAAUCACCAAGUGUGAACAGUCACUUUGAGGAAUUGAUGAGAAGGUCUCCUUAUGAGAAAAGUGCAGGAGGCAUUCAUUCCCACCAUUCAUCCUUUCACUCAUCUGUUCACUCACCACGUAUUUCCUCUGGUUCAACGUCUGGCUCCUCGCCCCUCUCUAAGCACUCCACCAGAAAAAGAGGCACAGCAUCGGACCAGAGUGAUGGCACUCUGGUGGGAGAGCAGAGGAGCUCCUGCUCACCUCCGUCGGAUGUAUUAUCCUCUGACUCCAGGAUGAGGGACUCAGACAAAAGCUCUGCCCAGAGCGAUGCUAAGAGUGUCCACUCCAGUGAACCCUCGGGGCAUUCUCACCAAAGUUUGGCCCUGGAUGGAAAGAAGUUCUCAGUGGUCAAGCCCAAACAUGCUUCUCCUCUCGGCUCUCCAGACCAUGGGCCUCCUCCAGGAGCAGACUCGUCCAGUGAGCCUGUAAGAGGUGGCUCAGAUAACAUGAAUGUAGGCACCACAGCUUCCAGUGGUAGAGUUGAGACCAGGACCACAGGAGAACUACAAUAUUCACCUGCUGUUCUGCAGCAGCGUAUGGCAGCAGAACUCCAGUACCUAGAGUCCGUUGAAGAGUCAGUCCGACAACUGGGCGACAUGGAGAGGCUGGUGGGCGUGUCCACGGCUCAACAGGAGAGUGCGUCCUUGGCACAAAUGCUCAAGGCCAAGCAGCAGCGCCAUGAGCGUGACCUCUAUGAACUGAAGAUCAAGGCUGAAAGAGAAGCCCUGGAGACAAAGCUACAGCUGGAGGAAAACCGCCAGAGAGUGGCCAGGGCUCACAUAGAACUGCAGGAAAAUUUGGCAGCGACUCAAAAAGAGACCUUGGGCGGCCUCCAAGAGGCAACUACUAAGAUGAUGAGUCAACAGGCUGAGGCAGCGCGGUACACAGCUGACGCUGCCCAACACAUCAAGGAGAUGACAGAAUUGGCACGGUCGCAGAUUGCAGGAGCUUUAGUUGUCGCUCCUGCUGCCAUCAAUACCUCCAUGUUGGACCAGCUGGAAGAGCAGGAGACCUCCAAUGCAAAGCAGCAACCGGAUAAAGCUGACUCUAAUAGCUUCCAGAGUGAGAUGUCAAGUAGUAGGACCAAGCCAGACCAAAUUCUGUCUUCUCUGAACAGCCUCAGUCAAUCUGACUCGUUAUCCUUCAGAAGACCCAACCUUAGUGGAGCAAACUCAAGCAGCCACAAUAGCCCAUCGUACAUCUCCUCUGACCACAGAGAACGAACAAAGAAAGAAGCGGGAGAUGGAAAAUGGAGGAAGGGGGGAGCUGAGGAGAGGACGGAGAGGGAGGCAGGCAGCAGCUCCAUAGAGGAGGAAGUUCAUACAGCAGCAAAUGACUCCCUCUGCAGUGACAGCAUCCCCUCCAUGGUGGAUGAGAAAGGAGACAGUAUGUCAGUGGCAACAGAAUACUCUCUCAAGUUUGAUGAGUCCAUGACAGAGGACGACAUAGAAGAGCGAUCGUUCCGCUCUCUGCUGCCGUCUGAGGCGCACCGUCGUGGAACUAUGGAGAAAAAGUCACGCCACCAUGAGGAAUCAGAGGAUGAUGGCGCCAUUCACAACGCAACAUUGGUUUCAGGGGCACACAAUAUCUUGAAGUCUCAAGAGGCAAACAUGGCCUUCUCUGGUGGACAGGACAGCUUUUCUCAGUUCACCAUGGACAUGGUGCGUCAGUACAUGAAGGACGAGGAAGUAAGACUGCAGCAUCAGAGCUCGCUGUUGCGUCUUCGCCAGAAGGCUCUCAAAGAGAAGACGAAGACGGAGCUGGCCUGGCUAGAGCACCAGAAAAAGACGCUGAGGGACAAGGGAGAGGAUGACAAAAUGCCACCAAUCAGGAAGAAGCAGAGGGGCCUUCUGAUGAAACUCCAACAGGAGCAGGCCGAGAUCAAGCGACUUCAGGAGGCCAACAAAGCAGCCAGGAAGGAACGACAGCUGUUGCUGAAGCAGCAGGAGGAGAUUGAGCGGAUGAGAAACUCUACACUCAGACUGAAGGAACGUCUAAAGUGUGCUGGGGGUGAAGCACCACCGGAGACUCCUGUGUCAGAAACACCAGUGUCAGAGCCGGCUUCCCCCAACACGAGGCAUACCGGCAAUAACCGCAGUCCUUCCCCCCCGCUUUCUAUCUCUGGAAGUGAGACCAGUAGCAUCAUGCAGAAGCUGAAGAAAAUGCGCACUCAAAUGGAUGAGAAACACUGCUCUCCUGUCCACUACUUCUUCUCUGUCUUCACUGCCCACCACUGGGCCUCCCUCAGUGUCUGUCUUCCCAACCUUCACCCUAAAUUCCAGCUCUUUAUCUACAACCAGUUGGUCAGGUUCCUGACCAAGCGGGAGCAGCAGCUGAUGCAGAGGCGUCAUCAUGCCGAGGAGCUGCUGCAGUGGAAACAGCGGCUGGACCAGGAGGAGGCCGAGGUCCGUAGGAUGGAGAAAGAGGCCCUGGCUGUCUGGGACAGGACGGCGUCUCAGGACAAGGAUUGUGAGAGUCAGAAAAAUGCAUCCUCUGACUGUAGUCCUAGUCACCACCGAAGAUCCGAGCCCAGGACUGACAGUGAGAAAGAGUAUGUGAGUGAGGGUGACUGUUCCUCAGCGACACCUGAUUCAAGUAUACACACAGAGGGAUUGGGGUCCCGGCAACCAGGAAGCCCCUCCUCAGCAAAUCCUGUGUCAGUCCCUGAAACACCUUUGGCCUCCGCCCAGAGCAGCCCUGCAAACUACACCCUAGACUUCGCUUCAGCUUCUCCAUCAUCGAGCAGACAAUCCCUCCAGUCUUCUAUAUUCAAAGGCAGCCACAGCCCUGCUGCCUCUCCUUCCGAUCGCAGCAGCAAAACCAAGAUGCAGCUUCACUCCUCCUCCAGGACCGCCAUCCAGGCCAGCACUCAGCCAGCUGACUUCCCCGUGGCCACACAGACUGAACCCAUUUCUGACCAGAGUGACAUAGAGAGUCGUAUCAAGGCCCUGAAGGAAGAACUAAGAAAACGAAAGUUUACGGCCCUUCAGCUCAAAAAAGAGCAGAAGAAGAGAAACAAGGAGCGAUUGAAGGCGAAGGAGGCGAGCCUGCUGAAGCAGCUGGAGACCUAUGACAACUUCAUCGAGAAAACUCAGGCAGAACUGAACAAGGAACCGGAUUCAACCACUGAUACAAAGUCUGUCGCAGAGCAGUCAAGUAUUAAACCACCUUCUCACAGGUCUGAAAAGAGCCAAGUGUCUGACUCUGACAAGAAAAAAACUGAUGCUUCAUUUAACCACAAUGCCCCUCCUGAGGCUGAUCAUAGCAGAUCCACCUUGGUGCCUGAAGGAUUUUCUGAUGAAGACCCACCAACUGUCACUCCAACUCCAGUAUACGGUAGCCCAGAGUGUCCAACCUCAGGGCUGAGAAGCCGUCAGUCCACUCUGGAUCUUUUAAGACCUUCCUCUAAGGAAACCAAGACACAGACUAUGGAGUCUGUGGAUGAAAACACUUUGUCAAAAUCUGAAAUUCAGGAAGAACUGGAGGUGGAAGUAAGCUGCAGGUUGGAGGAUCAACACUCUGAACGUCUCUUCAAACUAGAAGAAGAAGACAGACUCGACUCCCACAUGUCUACAACUAAACAUGUUUCCUCUUCAGUGAGUGAAAAACAUCGGUUAUCUCCAUCUGAAGCAGAGGAUGUUUUAAAAUCUAAAAUUAAAUCACAUUCAGCUGCAACGGACCUCAACUCCUCACCACAUCCAAGCUACAGCUCUUCAGCCAGUGCUCCCUCCUCCUUGCCUCACUCAAAAAAGGCAGCACCCAUUAAGGGUGCUGAAGCCUUUUCUCCUUUGGCAGAUGGCUAUCUUGAUGACUUUGAGCCAUCAGUGGAUUCGUCACCCAGGGAGCGCCAUUGUAGUUCCAAGCCUGAGUCGCAAAUCUCAAUCUCCCCGUCUGAAGUGAAGGGGUCAAAAAAGGACUCCCCCAGCAGAGCCACGCUCUUUGACAGCCAAGAUGAAGAGGUAGAGGAGGAAAUAGCUGAGGAGCUGAGUCACCAUUCUGGCACAAGUGAACCUAGCCACCAUUCCGGAAGACUGCUUGAUCUCAAGCAGACGGAAGACAUCAAACUUGACUAUAAGAGCAUUAACUCCAGUCACUCACCACCCGUCUCUCCUUUGCAGACCCCUCUUUCUCCCGUUAUAGAUGAAAUGCCAAGUUUUAACAUUGGGGAACGGGUUCUUGUGGGCAGUGUUCAGCCUGGCACGCUGAGAUUCAAAGGCCCAACCAGCUUUGCCAAUGGCUUCUGGGCUGGCGUGGAGUUGGAUAAGUCUGAGGGGAGCAACAAUGGCACUUAUGAUGGAGUGAUGUACUUUGAGUGCGUCGAGUGCCAUGGUAUCUUCGCUCCUCCAGACAAAAUCACACACCUCCCAGAUAAGUUUGAGGUCUACGCAGACACCACAGAGGACAAGGACUCGUUCUUUGAUGAUCUGUCAGACAAAGGUGGGGAUAAAUGGCAAGUAGACGAGGAAGGAAACAAUCGAAAACAAGGAAAUCUUGAGGGUAAAAAUGAACAAACAUCUCAUGAAGACUUUGGGUCUCGGGAUAAAAAGAUUACAGACGAUCCCCUUCGCAAGAACCAGACCCACCUCAAUUCAGAAUCCAAGCAUCAACUUUCUAAUGGCAACAGUCAGGACAUAAUGUUGGAGUUCGACUAUGCACCAACAACUCUCCUCAUCUCGGACAUGGACAAGAUUGGCCUGCGGAAGCAGGAUCAGACAGAGAUUACAACCCUUGUCGAGAGGGAAGAUGUAGACUCACAACACCAGUUUACUCCCGCUGAUCUUACCACAGAUAUCAGGGAUGUUGAGGGCAAAGAGAAGGACACUGAUGCACUGGACAAGUUUACAGACAAGCUCUUCAAAAACUUUGUGCAAGAUGCUGUGAAACAGUUUGCUGAAAUUAAAAAGGCUAAGGAGCAAAAGAUAGAAGCUGCCAACCAGAUGAAUGGGGAGAUGUUUUGUGAAAAUGUCGAAGAAGCAAAGUGGAUUUCUUCAGUGGACCAAAAAGAUGGUCUACCUUUCUUCCCACCAAUAGAAAAAGAGGAGCUGUCUUCUCCAGAGCUGUGCAACCGACCAGAGAGUCCAGUGUUGGGGGCCAGCGGUCAAGAGGAGCUUGCUAAGCGACUUGCAGAGCUGGAACUGAGUCGUGAACUGCUCAAUGAGCUUGGUGACGAUCAAGACUGGUUUGAUGAGGACUUUGGCCUCAGCUCCCGCAGGGAACAGCAGAGGCUGAAACAGAAACAGAGAGAGGAAGAGGAAGAGCUCAGGCUUGGAGAAGGAGGCCUGGGAAGGUCUGGCUCAUCAGCCGGAGUUCCCAUGGGGGGGCUGGUCUCAUCACCCGGUGGAGAACAGCAGGUAAAGUCUCCCCCUAGACCUGAGCUACCUCUUCCCCUGCCUCCCAAACUACCUGAGCAGCCAGCCAUGGUGGUGCCCCACUCGGCCGCAGAGGUGGAGAAGAUGGUCCAUGCUGCCACUCAGGAGAUCUGGGCGGGCUGUGGCCUGGGGAGGGAGGGAGCAGUGACCCUUGCACAUCUGCCAAACCCAGAACCUUCACAAGAGUAUUUGGGUAAAGAAGCCAGCAGCCAGGACCAGGAAGCCCUCUCCAUCCGCAGCUACAGAAAGGGUGUAUUUGACCUGACGUGGGAGAUGCUUCAGGAGAUCUAUGCCGAAGACCCCAGAGCUGAUCAGCCUCAAUGGGUCAAAACACGACGAGUCAAGUCGUCGUUCCACAGAGUGAGAACGCCAGGAGACAUCACCAAAAUCCAGGCGUUCAUCGCGGCAGAAGUACUGAAACUGUACGGUCUGAAAAAGGAUCAGAGCCAGAAGACUGACUGGCAGAAGAUGCUUAAAUUCGGCAGAAAGAAACGUGACCGAGUCGAUCACAUACUGGUGCAGGAACUCCACGAGGAGGAGGCCCAGUGGGUGAACUAUGACGAGGACGAGUUGUUUGUCAAGAUGCAGCUGGCAGACAGCAUCUUUGAUGCGUUGCUCAAGGACACUGCAAACGUGCUGACGCUAAUUUGCGACAAGAGGGCCAAAAGAGACGCCCUCUCUUGACGGCUUUCCUUCAUAGAUUUUUUAACUACAACCUCUAGCUCAAUCCCAGUUAGUCCUCACUACCCCCAGUGAGCUCCAGCCAACCCACCGCCGCUCAGUCUUCCACCAGCUGAUGUGCCAACAGCAACCCUCAGAUGCCUUCAAUCCCAGCGUUACCUCUCGGCUCAGCAACUCCUUCUUAUUUCUGUGACAUUCAUUUGCUGAAUUUGCUUCAGCUAACUUUAUUGUACACACAAAAUGCCUCUUGAGCAAUCCUCACACUUUAAUACCAUCUGGUCUCAGUUCUCACCUUCUGGACUGGUCCUUUUGUAAAUGUCUGUCAGAGAAUGAACAGAUGUUUUGAUAGAGUGGACUUGUGCCAUUUGUGAGCAUUUAAAGUCCGUUAAUGCUGCUAAGUUGAUAGUUCCAAAGGGGGAAUAAAAUAUAAAAUCCCCCUAGAACAGAAGUGGGUUGUAGUUAAUUUCUUUUUGAAUCUAAAAAAAUAUAUAUAUUUUGAUUCAAAAAAGUGUAAUAGAAUAUCAGAAAAAAAAUAACAGUGUGGUCUUUAAGUGAUUUGACAAGUGACACGUGGUUUGUUUUCACCUCCAGGAAAUUUAAAUUUAACAGUGACUAUAAGCUGAACUGCCGACUUUUAGCUCUAACUUAUUUGUUUUUUUUAACAUCCGUAUUGGGUGGAAAGGAAAGUGUAGCAAUUGUAGCCUCUUAUAUGUAAUCUCCCAUUUUAAGGGGCUGUACGCCUUAAAAGAAAAUAGUUUACAGCGAUCCUUUGCUGUUCGUCUGAUCUUCAGCGAGUACAACGGGCCUUAAAUGGUAAUAGAUCUUCGACUGCGUGGCCCUACACACAGCUUGCUUGUUUUGAUGAUUUGAUUAACGUCAUUAUCCUGUUGCAUUGCCUUUAAAUGUAGGGGACGAUGUAUUUAAAAAAGAAAAUCAAACACUGUUCAUCCGACAAGGAGAUGACCAACCCCUCCUGAAUUCCCUUACAGCUGAGAGGCAGCACUUCAACUUCAUAAUCAUUGUUGAAUGUGCAGAGAGCUGAAACAGUGAAAAUGUGUCAGAAAAAUACUUCAGACUACACUGUGUUGGAACAUCACUGAGUUCAGAUAUUAUAUGAAAAAAAUUGCCUACUUGAUUAUAUUAUUUAUUGUGAAAUUAUCACUUGGAGCAGAAAGGAACAUUGAGAAUUGUAAAUGAUCUUGUCAACCUAUAGAUGAGAGGAAGAUAAUUUUAACAUUGUGUAAAGAAAAUUUAAUGAAACUGUAAAAGCACAACUAAAAAUGUGAAUGUGGCAAUACAUUAUGCAGGAGGUUUAAAUAAUUCUAUGGAAACCAGAAAAAAGAACAUGGGGAAAUCUGUUUUUUAAUAUUUAAAAGUUGUAGUGUUUUAAGAAUGAAUUGAUACUGUUUGUGUAAUGUUGUCGUGGCCACAAAUGUCCAUUUGGUCAACACAAUCACUGUGUCCCACUUCUGUACUAUAUGUUCAUUUUUUAAUGCGUACUCUACGUACCAGUGAUAACGGAUUGAAUCUCGUACUGCUCAUGAUGUGUUUGUGAGAACACUACACACUCAAAAUACACUUCAGCAUAUGGUAUUAAAGUGGGACACACUGUCAGUAGGCUGGACUUGAUAUUUUUAAACGGUACUGAAAUGCUGGAUUUGAGCCUUACUUACUCUAUAGUCCUUUUACUUUCUAUGACCUCAGACGACACCUGCAGCUGUCUCCUUUCACAGUCGGUUAUCUUGGACUCUCUGUAGUUGAACAUUAACUAAGCAAAGCAAAAAAAAACCACGCAUCACGGCUCUCUACUCCACUGGUCGAUGUGAAACAUUUGGGCUUUUGAGCAGUUGACAAGUUCAGACCAGUCAUCACAAUAAAGCCUGACAGCAGAGGCUGUCUCUCUCUGUGUUCAGUUUAAGUGCCUCUUUUAAUUAAGUAAGUUGCAACACACUCUGUUGAUGUCUCCGCAUCCUUUGGGCCUAUUUUCUUUGAAUGUCUCUUCCACUGCUGGUAACUACCAAUUUCUAACUGAUCCUUGAACCUCCUCCUUCUGGCCGGUUUACCAAUGCUUCAGUUUCUGCCUUAUCGAUGUUGCUGUAUCAAAUUGACAUUUGGACAUUUUCUAUACCUUCUCUUUUUCCUGUACCUGAGGAAAUGUUCGUAAAGCUAAAAAACAAAAAAAAAAAAUAAAGCUCACUCUUACUCACUCCCCACAUCUGUACAUAUAGACACAGCUGAGUUAUUGUAUUGAUAAACUGCAACAGGAACGAGUUUGUGGACACUCCCGACACGUGACGGCUUAGCCCUCCUGCUGCCCUGAGCGAGUCAUUGAGCUGAUGAGACUGAGCACGUACGACUCGUGCCUGAGGGUUUUUUUUUUUUUUCUUUGUUUUGGCCUCACUGUCAGCACUGCUUUGAACCAACAAACUGAACUGUAAAAACUCGUUGUGGCAUGUGUGACAGAGCUUGAUCGUCCUCACUGACUUUUUGGAGCUUAAGUGACCUUAAACUGAGAACUAAAUGUUUUGUGUUUUUUCUACCGUCAGUGUUUUAACAAUUGCUUCGGCGUGUGUUCAAACUGUCAAUGAUAGAUGUAGAAAAAAGACCAAAAAACAUUUGAUACCAAUUUGUCUACAGUAAAUGACUUGUGUGUUCGGUCUACAGGCAGAUGUAACUGUUAUCCUGACUUGGUUAGUACCUUAGAAACCCUCUGUCCUUUUGGAUUGAUUGUAAGUGGGAGGAAGUUAAGUUCUCCUCUGUAACUAUGCAGUACUUGGUCUUAUGCAUCCUUUUAUAUGUAUGUAUCAAACAACUUGGAUGUCUGCUGUUAGUCCUCUAGGUUAGAUGCAUUUUUCACGUAGCUUUAAGCUGUUUUGUGUCAGGUGGAGUUGCUUUUCUUUACAAGGUGAUGGAGCAACUUCACCUUUUAAUAAAAGGUGUAGUCUGAUCCCGUUAACCGGAUUUACACCGCAGGCACAAAAAGAUUUGAUUAUCAAAUUAACCCCGUCAGGCUAGACUUCCCUCUUUUCAAACGUGUAUGAUUAUUUAUAAUAAUGUGCUCUGAGUGUGCGCUUAGUGCACUUGGAGACUUGUACAAUUCUUUUAUGGGUGUAAAUAUACGGUCUUUCCACUCGGACCUGCUGUUACUGUAACCUGAACGACUGUUGUAAAAUAAACACUGUUUACUUUGCAAAUAUGUACAUAGUAUAUAUUUGUUAACAAGACGAACCUUGAGAUUGUAAAUAAAGCUUUCGCUGUUUCUAAAGGAA